UAUAACUUGUUUAUGAUUGGGGAAACCACUUGGUCCAUGAGAUGAAUCAUUUCGGCCAUGUCGGUCGGGUAUGCAGGGCAGCAGCUCCAGGAAAUCUUUGGCCUGGCGCAGUCGGCACCCAAGUGCAGCCACACCUUCACUGUCAGCAGUAACACAACAAGCAGCGAGUGUUCUCGGAUUGAUUUUCCCAAGCGGCAUGUUUUACAGAACUCCUAACUCUUUACCAAACGCGAGACUUUAUUGAGCAUUGAUGCCUGUGUCUUUGUUACUCCCUUCAUCGUUGGGGAUCUAUUUUGCUUCAACGUCAGUCAACAUGUCGCGCGCCCAGGCUGCUCAAGUGUUGCCAACAAUUGUGUAGCCCAGUCAGUCUGUGACGCCCUCACCAUGUCGGUAGUCGACGGAUUGCCGUUUGCAGAGGAGAAGAAGGAGUACGUCCUCCAGAUUCUUGAUCCGAUUCUGGAGGAAAUGGUCAGUGAUGUCCUCGCAGAGAUGCCAACCAUCCCAAUGGACUUCAUGAUCCAAUGGCUCAACAAGCGUGCUGGAAAGGCAGCAGCCUUCAGUGAGCAUGUUUCUGUGUCACAGAGGAACCGUAUUCUGAAGCAAGAGCUGCGCUCGCUGCAGGGAUCCUUGCACGAGGCGAGCACAGCAGCAGCCUCUGCCCAAGAUGAUGUACCGGACGAAGAGGAAGAGGAAGAUGAGGAAGAUGAUGAACCCCCUGCUGAUUGGUUCAAGUCCGAGGACCAAAUGCAAAAGACACGCACUUCUGUCAGUGCAGAGGCUUAUGGACAAUGGAAUCAGAAGAAGGCCUUCACGCCACCUGACUAUCCCAAGACCGAGGAGCAGAAGCAGCGCUUGAAGCAAACCUUAUCCAAAAGCUUCAUGUUUUCGGCCUUGGAAGAGAAAGACAUGCAAUUGGUCUUGGGGGCUAUGAAAGAGUGCAAGAUUGAGGCAGGCGAGAAGGUCAUCAAUGAGGGCGACAACGGUGAUUUCCUCUUCGUCAUCGAGAAGGGUGCGCUAAAUUGUACCAAAGCAGUAGAUGGUGACGAAAAAGUAGUGAAGACAGUGAACGAGGGCGACGUCUUUGGAGAACUUGCGUUGCUGUACAACUGCCCACGUGCUGCCUCCGUGGUUGCAAAGGAUGCAUGCAUUUGCUGGCAGCUGGAUCGAGAGUCUUUCAAUCACAUUGUGAAGGAUGCAGCAGUAGCCCGCCGCAACAAGUACGAUGAGUUCCUGAAGUCUGUGAAUUUGCUUUCCUCCCUUGAGGCCUAUGAGCGCUCUCAGAUUGCUGAUGCAUUGGUGGCAGAAACUUGCAAGAAGGGUGACACCAUCGUGAAGCAGGACGAUCCUGGAGACAAGUUCUACAUUGUCGAAGAGGGCACCCUAUAUGCCCUUAAGAAUUUCGGUAGCGAAGAGAAGCGCGUGAUGGACUACAAGCCUGGGGACUACUUCGGUGAGCUGGCUCUCUUGAAGAAUCAGCCUCGCGCGGCCAGUGUUGUGGUGGAGAGUGAGACUGCCAAGGUGCUGUCCAUGUCUCGGCAAUCCUUCAACAAGAUGCUUGGGCCUUUGGCAGACUUGCUAUCUUCAAAGGUCUCCUCCUACACCUGAGUUGGGUGGAACCGCAGGGUUGAGUCGCCGUAAGCAAUUCACAAGCCAGGGGUUGUACGAAAAUCGUGCAGCCUCAGCAUUGCGAGCCUCUAUUGUCGUGCCGUGAAGACUUGCUUUGUCGAGUCUGACCUGUGCAUGGACAGGCUAGGCUGCAUGAUCUGCCUCAGCUGGCCCUUGUUUGUCCUGUUCAAUGACUGGAAUUCUUCUUUGUAAGUAGUAAUAUAUAGCUAGACUACUCUAUCAAAUCUACCUGCCAGCACCAUCAAGGAAGCAUCGUUGCGAAUUGCUGGUCCAGCAUGGCACCCCUGCAAUGUGAAGAGGGUACCUUGAGCCCUUUGCAGCUGCACUAAUUGUGACACUUGCUGGUUGACUGACACAUUCUGCACGCCAUGAACAAAAUGGGCCUUGAUGCUUGCUCAGCCAUUCUUGCUGUGUUGCUUUUUCAAAUCACUUUUGAGCAUACACCUCAUACGGCUUUGCCCCUUUUCCAGCACAGGCAGAGCUUAUUGGCAGUUUGCUGAGCUGCUUGGUUGCGGUUUGCUCAGCUGAUGUGGGUCUUGUCAAAGUGAGC